AUGGCGAACGACGGAUCGUCGCCGAGAGCGCGCGGCGGCGGCACCGGCAACAGGAGGUGCUGCGGCGGCACCCUCAUCACGCGCGUUGACCUCCUGGUCUUCCUCCUCGCCGCGGCGCUCUGCUCCGCGUCCUUCUGCCUGGGGAUAUGGCACAACAGCCGCGGCGCCGCGGACAGCAGGCUCCUGCUGGGGCCGAGCGCCGCCGGCGCCACGUACUGCGGGGACGACGCCGACGGGCCGCCGCUCGACUUCGAGACGCACCACGCCGCCGAGGACGCCGGGCUCUCCGUGUCGUCUACGGCGGCGGCGAAGACGACGAGCACGCGGCGGGCGUUGCGCGGCGCCGCGGACGGCAGCACGGCGCGCCGCGGCGUGGCCUGGGCGGAAGCCGGCGGCGCCGGCGGCCGCAGCCUCCGGUUCACGGACGCCGUCGCCGUCCAAGCGUAG